CACACAACAAUAAGGAAGUAGCGCCCAAACAAACUACACGAGUGUGUGUUGCUGGUUAACAGAUUUGUUUCCAUUACGGAAGACGCGUUUUUCUGAAUAAAGUAACCACAAAUUAAGACUUUUCUCAUUUAUAUGAGGCUAAUGAGUGUAACCGGCUGUUUUAUGUUCGUUUUUGUGUUUUCUGGACAAUCGAAUGGAGAAGUAUUCCCACCUGAGAGUCAUCGGAGAAGGCUCCUUCGGUCGGGCUUUGUUAGUACAAAGUAAAAUCACCCAGGACAAAUAUGUGGUGAAGGAAAUCCAGCUUCCACAGAACCCUUCCAAAGCUGCAACUUCUAGGAGAGAAGCCGUCCUCCUGUCCAGGAUGAAGCAUCCAAACAUCGUGGCCUUUAGGGAAGCAUUUGAAGCCAGCGGCCUCUUGUGCAUCGUUAUGGAGUUCUGCAGCGGAGGAGAUCUGCUUCAAAGGAUUCAGAAACAGAAAUCCACCCAGUUCAGAGUUGAUGAUAUCUUGAAGUGGUUUGCUCAGAUGUGUGCGGGCGCGAAGCACAUUCACGAUAAGCGGGUUCUUCACAGAGAUCUGAAGUCCAAGAACAUUUUCCUGGCAGACGGCGGCUCCAUUAAGCUCGGGGACUUUGGCUCGGCUUGCGUUCUGAACAGCUCUAAAGCGUACGCUCGUGCUUACGUUGGGACGCCGUAUUAUGUGGCUCCGGAAAUCUGGGAGAACAAGCCGUACAACAACAAGAGUGACGUUUGGUCUCUGGGCUGCGUCCUCUACGAGCUUUGCACCCUCCGACACCCGUUCCAGGCGUCUAGCUGGAAGAGUCUGAUUCUGAAAGUGUGUCGGGGUGCGUACCCUCCCCUCCCCGCCCACCUGCCUUACGAGCUGCAGUACCUGAUCAAGCAGGUUUUUAAGAUAAACCCAAAAGACAGACCGUCCAUACACACCAUCCUGAGCUCCCACCGGGUUUCCAGGCUCCUGCGUUCCCAUCUGCCCUUGCAGGUCAUUGAGACCGAGGACGCAACAAGACCUUUAGGUCGAUGGAACAAGGAGGAGGGAAGGAAGGUGGCUAAGUCUCUAGGAGAGAAAACUUUAUUAACAACUUCAACAACGGAAGGAUCCUAUGAAAAGACGGAGCCGGCUGUUCGAAAGCAGUGGGGAUCGGAGCCUCCAGACGCCGUCCUGCAGAUGUUAGCCUGCACCAGCCUGGUCUCAUCAGGCAGCGUGGCAUCUACCCAGCAAAUGGCCUCCACCCAAGAAAGUGUGUCGGAUGAUCCGGGAGACGGCAGGCAGAGGAGACGGUGGGACAGGGGUCCUCCUGAGAGGCUUCUGAGCCUGUUGGAGAAGGCCCAGCCGAACAAAGCUUUUAGCACCUUUUUGAUACAAAGAGGAGAUGACAACCCUCUGAUGGGGCCCCUUUCCCCGCCGCGGGGCGAUGACAUUGACGGCUCCAAGCCGGAGGUGGUUUUAGACGAGGGCAGAAUGCAGCCGCGCUCAGAUGAUGAGGACACGGACUUUGAGGAAGAAUCUUCAUGUGACUGGAUGGAAGAAAUGGAGAAAAUCUUUUCAUAACGUGCACAACCAAUCAAUCAGCUGUCACCAUUCAUGUUUACUAUAAACACAAACGUUGUGCCAAACUUUUAUUUGCAUGUGGUUUUAAGGAACAUUUGUAGGAAUUUGUGAUGAUUGGAUGCUUUGAAAACAAAAACACUAAAAUUUUAAGCUGAAUGCUUUCAUAAAGUUUACGUAUGUCUUUGAUUUAAUGAGCUGUUUGGACCGUCGGCGAUAACGCUCCCUGGAAUUUGAAGGCCAUCGUGGAACUUUGUGUUAUCCUCUUUGAGAAAACAGGAAAUAUUAAGCUGCAUCUUUUAAAAGUUGAUUUGAAUUUCUGAAAGUAGACAAAACAUUAACAUUGUUUGGCUUUGACACUACCCAUGCAUCUGUGGCUGCAGGGGUGUGUUUAGUGUGUUUUGCACUACUU